CUUGACACGAGCCAAUACACAAAACAUUACAAUGUCUUUAAGCAGUGUAAACGUGACGGCUGGUUUACCCACCAAUUAUGGGUACUACACUUCCGAAGGUAUUAGUCAAGGGCUUAAUGCUGAUAGGUCCACCUUCACACUUAACAAUAAAGAAAUUUCCAUCUACAGUGGAGCAAUGCACUAUUUUCGAGUACCAAGGGCAUAUUGGAGAGAUAGAUUGAGAAAAAUGAGAGCUGCUGGCCUUAAUACUGUAGAAACGUAUAUUCCAUGGAAUUUACACGAACCGAGAUCAGGAGAAUUUGAUUUUGGUGACAAUGGUAAUGACAUGUCCGAUUUUCUUCACCUUCAGGAGUUUCUUAAAACAGCUCAAGAAGAAGAUCUGUUUACUAUCGUUCGAUCUGGCCCAUUUAUUUGCGCCGAGUAUGAAUUUGGUGGACAUCCCAGUUGGCUACUAAGACACGAUGACAUUGACAUGAGAACUACUAACCCGACUUAUGUUAAUUUCGUGGCAAGAUGGUUCAAUGUACUGUUACCGAUAUUGGCUGCUUUCCAAUUUACCAAGGGAGGUCCAAUUAUUAUGUUUCAAGUUGAAAACGAAUAUUCUAUUUCUGGACGACACGACCUGCAGUAUUUAUUGACAUUGAAGGAUUUGAUGAUUAAAAAUGGUAUUGUGGAAUUGUUGGUCACAUCGGACAAUCCGCAGCAUGGUACGUACGGAACGUUGCCGGACAAUUUCCUAAUGACGGGAAACUUUGAUACGGAUAUUAAGAAAAACUUAGAUACACUUAAAUCAUACCAACCUAAUCGUCCAGUGAUGACGAUGGAGUAUUGGGGAGGAUGGUUCGACUACUGGGGAGAUUCUCAUACUACUAACAAAACUGUUGAAAAUUUCAGAUAUAACUAUGAAGAGAUCUUAAAAUAUCCUUCUUCUGUUAACAUUUAUAUGUUCCACGGCGGUACUAAUUUUGCAUUUUUGAAUGGAGCUGAGAAUUUAAAAUUCGAUGAAUGGGAAACAGAUUACCACUCAAUAGUAUCCAGUUACGAAUAUGUUUCUCCCCUGGAUGAAUCUGGCGACUACACAGAAAAAUAUUGGGCAGCGAAACAAUUGCUAGAACAGUAUAAUCGUAUUAAAACUGCUCUUCCUGACGUACCAGCUGCUCCUAAGAAAACAGCGUAUGCAACGGUAAAAAUGGAACAAGAAAUGUUUUUAUAUGAUAUGCUUCAGACGAUUACUCCUACUUAUUCGAAAAAUGUCAUUCCCAUGGAAAAACUUGAUAUCAAUAACGGUAAUGGUCAAAGUUAUGGGUACAUAGUAUACCGUAAAACAAAUUUGAAUAUACCGGCAAACGCAAUACUUAAAAUAGAAGGUAGAAUUUGUGACACAGCAAUGGUACUAGUAAACGGGAUACUCGUAUCCCCCUGGUUGCAAAAAUCUGCAGACUUAAAUGGCUUUGGAACAUCUAGGAUAUUAGAUUCUACUAUUACUCUUACAUCUGAAGAUCUAACAGGCGCUACUUUAGAUAUAGUUGUGGAAAAUUGGGGCAGAGUUAACGUUGGUGUGUACAGACAGUUUAAAGGUAUCUGGCAAGGUAAUGGAAUUAAACUCAACAAUGACUACAUAUACGACUGGGCUAUCUAUCCUCUAGAAUUUAAAAGUUCUUGGACGAACAACUUAUCAAACUGGAAAAAUGUACUAACGAACUCCAUAGGUCCUGCUAUGUAUAGGGGUACUUUAACAAUUAAUGGUACUCCAGAAGACACUUUUGUGUACAUGGAAAACUGGAAGAAAGGCAUUGUAAUCAUAAACGGCUUUGUACUUGGCCGAUAUGCUAGAAUGGGCCCCUUACAGACUUUGUAUCUACCAGCACCUUUUCUGAAAUCAGGGAGCAACAGCAUUAUAAUUUUUGAACAUUUUAAACCCUACGCAACAGUAGACUUUAAGACAAGUCAUGUAUAUAAUAGCUAUUAAAUAAACAACUUCAAUUUA